AUGGAAAACCAGACUUCUGUGACUGAAUUUAUUCUUCUCAGUUUCCCCAGCCUGCAAAGGGUUCAUGUUUUGCUCUUUGUGGGUGUCUUGCUAAUCUACCUUUUGAAUGUCAUUGGGAAUGUCAUCAUCAUUGCUAUAGCGGUAAAUGACAACACUCUCCACAAGCCUAUGUAUUUCUUCCUUGGAAAUCUCUCAUUUUUGGAAAUCGUCUACGUCUCAACCACCAUACCCAAGUUUUUGGCCAGCCUUCUGAAGGUCAAGAAGUCUAUCAGCAUACCUGAGUGCAAAGCCCAAGCCUUUUUCUACUUUUUUCUUAGUGUGGAUGGGUGGCUUUGUGUCUUUGUACAAUCUGUUCUGAUGUUUAGACUGCCAUUCUGUGGCCCCAACACCAUCAAUCACUUCUACUGUGACGUUAGGCCGCUGCUGGAGCUGGCGUGCACUGAAACCAACACACUGAACGUCUUCACUUCCUUUUUGACCAUUGCCUCCUACUUUGGCAUCAUCUUUACCAUACUGAGGAUCCCAUCUGCUUCUGGGAGACAGAAAGCUUUCUCCACCUGCAUUGCACACCUGAUUGUGGUCAUCAUUCUUUAUGGGACAGUUGUGUUCCUUCAUGUCAGCCCAGGAGGUCAGGUCUCACUAAACAUAAAUAAAGUGGUCUCCAUUCUGAACACUGUUGUAACACCACUGCUGAAUCCUUUCAUUUAUACCUUGAGGAACAAAGAGGUAAAGACUGCCUUGAAAAAAUUUGUGAUGAGAAAUAAAAUAUUUCAGGUUAAAGAAUGA